AUGGAAGGCACCCUUACUGCUCCACCUGUGUGCGGCGCUGAAGCUGAAGACGCUGCUGAGAGAAGCGUAAGCGGCACGGACACCAACGGGAGCGGCGUCGAGAGGGCACCCCCGCAUGGUGGAGGCCGUGGUGGUCGCGGGGCAGGUCGCGGUGGUCGUGGAGGACGAGGAGCUUUGACCAGGCCAGCUGCAUCAUGGAGCGAUGAUGAUGUGAGCGAGUUCUUUCGCCUCCGUUACGCAGAGUUAGCUGACAACUUUAAGAACACGAAGGACACCAAGCGCAUCAAAUAUGCGUGGGCCGUCUUAGCAUCAACACUCUCUGUUAACCAGAGCAAAGUGUUCACUGACCAGCAGUGUCAACCUGAGAUUCUGUCGAAACCACUCGUCGUAGACCGCGUCAUACAGCAUAGCCUCAAACUCUAG